AUGCCUCCUAAAAAGAAAGCACGUAAAGUAAGGCAUGUGGAUGAGGUUACAGCUCCUGAGCAUGGCCAUAGGCAACGCCAAGAGCAUGAGAGAUCUGUCACUCUUGAUGGUGGCGAGAUUGAUAAGGUGGCAGAUAGGAUUUAUGCUAGGAUUGCUAGAGUAGUCCAAGGUGGUGAACAUAGGAGGGGAGAUUGCCUUUUUGGGGAGUUUCGUAAGCAAAACCCUCCAACCUUUGAUGGGGGACCUGAUCCUAUGGCAGCAGAGAAUUGGUUGCUAAAGAUGGAAAAAUUACUGAGAGCCCUUGAAUGUUCUGCUGAUAGAUGGUGGUCAAGCACUAAGCCAUUGUUGAGUACGGAGUUGGGAAGGGGCACUCCCAUUACUUGGGAGAAGUUUAAGGAAGUUUUCAGUAGGACAUACUUCCCCGAUGUAGUGAGGGACCGUAAGGCAAGAGAAUUUUCUGAUUUGGUUCAGGGGGCUAUGACAGUGGAGGAGUAUGUUGCUAAGUUUAUUGAGCUCUCUCGCUUUGCUCCUUACUUGAUUCCGGAUGAGUCCAAGAAAGUGAAAAAGUUUCGGGAGGGUCUUGAUGGUAGGAUUCGCCCUCUCAUUAUAGCCUCUGGAGUGGAUACUUUUACGGAGGCUGUGAAGCGGGCAAUGAGUCUUGAAGAAGACUUUAAGUACAACCCCAUUUCCAAGGAGAGUGAAAAGAAGCAAGGGCCCUUUAAUUCUCAACAUGGUAAGGGUCAAGGGCAUAAGAAAGGAUUCUUUAAAAACUCGGGUAAUAGAGGACAAUCUUCUAGGCAUAGCAAGAGUGCCUAUCCUCAGUCUGGUGAUAAAAAGUGGCCUUGCAUUCGUUGUGGUAAAACCCAUGAGGGUCAAACUUGCAUGGAGGGAGUAAAGUUAUGCUACACUUGUAAGCAACCCGGACACUUUGCUAGGCAAUUCCCAACUACCAAGGGCUCGGGUUCCUCUUCCUCAUCUCAAGUUGCAAAGGGUAAUGACAAUGGGAAGAAGGUGCAAGGUAGAGUGUAUGCCUUGACUACUCAGGAUGCUCAGGCCACGGAUACAGUGGUGGCAGGUAUACUUCCUUUGUUCUCUGCACAUGCUAAAGUUCUUUUUUAUCCUGGUUCUACACAUUCUUUUGUUUCUUGUGCAUUUGCUAAAAAUCAUGACAAGAGCCCCGAACUACUUGGCUUUGAGUUAUCGGUUUCUACCCCUAGAGUUAUUGGUUGA